ACUGCGGCCAAUUAGAAUAAUUUAAUAAGAAUCAUUCGAAAAAAAAUCAGUCAUAUCUGUACUAUGUGACACUGUCAUGUCACUAUGACAAUUUCAAUAUUAUUUAUCUACAUUUUUUGUUUUGCUAUAGCGCUUAACUUAAUAUUAUUUCAAGUUUGUGCUUAGCUUUAUAAAUAAAUAAAUAAUCCUGCUCUUAUUUUAAUAAUAAAGGUGCAUUAUUUUGGUUUGGAAUAAAAGUUUUAAAUAAAUAUGAGUUCUUUUCUAUUAUUAAAGUCUAUGUUAUUUGCAAACGCUUUACAGUCUAAACACAAAAAGAAAAAGAAGAAACUGAAGAAACAUUCAAUGAAAAAAAUAAAUAUGUGCAGAAUAUGCAAUCAUGAAAGAGCAGAUAUUCCAAUUUUCAAUAAUUUUCUACAACCAGAUAUUCCAGAAGAAAUCAAAAAUUUUUCUGGUGUUACAGUAAACAAUACAGACAACUUUUCCAAACACAUGUGUCAAAGUUGCCUGGAUCUGCUGAAUGGGUGCAUAACAUUUAGAGAUCUGUGUCAGAAGACUAAUAAGCAGAUGAUUGAAAUGUCUGUAAAAAAAGAAUUUGAUAACAAUGAAAACGGAAUAAAAGGCGAGAGUGAAGACUCAUAUAAUAUACCUUCUCCUUCAUUCUCAGAAGAUAAUUCAGGAAUAUGGAGAUGUUCGAACUGUAACAAAGAGUUUUAUGAUUUGCCUACCUACAAUAAUCAUUUAGAAAAAUGCAAUAUACAAGUAUCCAAGCCUCCAAAACCCCCUGAGGAAGUAACCAAGAAAAGAUUUCUUUGUGAUGUGUGUGGAAAAACUGCCUGUUCAAAUGCUAAUUUACUAGUGCACAUGGGUACACAUGAAAACAUUUUUCCAUUCAAAUGCGAAGUUUGCCCCUACAAAGGUCGCACAAUGGAUUUAUUAAGAGUACAUAAGAGGUCACACAUGACCGACAAGCCAUAUAAAUGCACGCAAUGUCCAAAGGCUACCACAACAGCGAGUAACUUAGCUAAGCACAUGCGACAUGUCCAUAGUAAUACUAGACCUUAUAAGUGUAGCUACUGUGAUAAAGCAUUUUCUUAUCAGCAUGAUAUGAAAAGGCACAUAAAAGACAUACAUCUCCGACAAGGGACUGUGAAAUGCGAUGUCUGUUUCAAAAAAUUCAAUACCAAAAAAAUUUUACAAGGCCACCGUUGGAAAAUUCACAAAAUCAAAGGCGAAAGGCAAGGCCGUUUACCAUCAUAUUUACAGCACCAGACAGAAGACCCCAAUGAAAACAAAAUUAAUAAUUGUGAAUAAACAUAUUAGUAUCUACCUACA